GUUUAUGUUUCAUUUAGUUUAUGUUUUUUGUCAGUUAGUGUAUGUUACUUGUCAGUUAGUACUAGUUUAUGUUUCAGUUAGUGUAUGUUUCUAUGUCAGUUAGUGUAUCUUUCUAUUUCACUUAGUGUAUGUUACUUGUCAGUUAGUCCUAGUUUAUGUUUUCAGUUAAUGUAUGUUUUUAGUUCAGUUGAUGUAUAUAAAUGAGUUGGAGUAAUUUACAUUUCAGUCAUUGUUUUCAAUCUUUCAGUUAGUGUAUGUUUUUGUUUCAGCUAGUGUUUUUAGUAUUUCAUUUAGUUUUUUGUUCUCUGUCAGGUAGACUUAUUGCUUUUGCAUCUUAUGUUUAUCUUCCAGAUUUUUGUUCCUGUUCACAAGGAUGAUCAUUAUACUGUCUUGGUGCUGAACAAGAAAGCUAAAAGGAUUGAAAAUAUUGACAAUCGUACAGACGUGAAAGACAUUGAUAGAUAUAAACAUGAGGAAUUUAACGGUCUUACAUACUUUUGUCGUGCUUUUGAUUCUUUUAUGCAAGAUACUAUGAGAUGUCGUGAUUUUGAUCAUCUCCACCAUUGGCAAACAUCAACUCUUUAUUUCCCUUGGAGAAGCAAGGACAACAAUUUUGAUUGUGGUGUCUAUGCAAUCAAAACCAUGGAGCUGUAUGAUGGUCAAAAUACUAACCAUGUUGCACUUGUUGACCUGAAAAGGGUAUGAUUACUUUAUUGUUUUUAGGGAGUAUUUUGCUUGUUAGAUUUCUGUUUUUGAAAGUUUUUUAAUAGAAAAGGGUAUGAUAGCCAGUUAGUGAAGGACUUGAAAGACUAGCUGAAAAACAAAGAUGUCUAACUGAAGCACUAUAAA